AUGGACGGCCAGGGUGCAGCGGGAAACAACUCGAGCGACUUUGUGCGCAAGCUGUAUAAAAUGCUGGAAGACCCUUCGUACUCUUCGGUAGUCCGUUGGGGCGAUGAUGGUGACAGCUUUGUGGUAUUAGAGAACGAAAAAUUCACAAAGUCCAUCCUCCCCAAACACUUCAAACACUCCAAUUUCGCCAGCUUUGUCCGGCAAUUGAACAAAUAUGAUUUCCACAAAGUGCGACAGAACAAUGAGGACGGCGGAUCAUCCAUGUACGGCGUCAACGCCUGGGAAUUUAAACACCCAGAGUUCCGGCAGCACAACAAGGAGAGUCUGGACAAUAUCAGACGGAAGGCCCCCGCCCCUCGGAAGCCAUCGAGUCUCAACGACGAACAGAUUCCCAUCCAACAAAUCGACCUAAUGAACCAACAGAUUGUCGCACAGGCCCAGCAAAUAGAGUCUCUUGUGACGUGUAACAACCAACUUCAAUCCCAGUAUCAGAUGUUGGCGCUCGAGAUCGUCCGACUUCAAAAAACGGUCGUCAAUCACGAAAAAGUCAUGCAGGAUGUCAUGAUAUUCCUGCAAUCCGUCGACGCGAAACAGCGCAGAGACAGCAAGCAGCUGUUUGCUCCACCCUCGGACUCUACACAGACAGGCACAACCCUGACCCCCACGAGCCAGAAUAUGCCUCCCCAGGAUGAAGACACACCGGCGUCACCCUUACAACACGCCGCGAAGCUCCUGAACGAUAUCAAUUCCGAUGGACAAUUUAACAUCGCUGCGCUCGAACAGAUGAACGCGAACAUGCAUACCCCACCAGUAGGACAGGACCCUCGAUCUGGGCAGUUCCGCGGGCCUAAUUCUGCCCCUCCAAGCGGCAGCAUGGGUUUCUCAAAGAUCAACCCGGCCGAAUUAGAGACGGUUGUAUAUCCGUUGGGGUCAACCAACGGCAUUGACCCGCUAUCCAGCGAGUACAUUAAUCACAUCCCAUACUCGUUACCUCCGAGAGACGGCUCAGAUCCACGAGCACAGUUCGCCGACACACGAAAGAAGAGUGGGACAGCGGAUCCUGGCUGGAGUCGACCGCCGCGAAUUCUUCUGGUCGAAGACGACCCGACCUGCCGUCAGAUUGGCGGCAAGUUCUUGCACUCGCUCUCGUGCGUUGUUGAUUCGGCUCUCGACGGUUUGGAGGCCGUGAACAAGUUGCAGGAAGGGAACAAGUACGAUAUGAUAUUGAUGGAUAUCAUCAUGCCCAACUUGGAUGGUGUGUCCGCCUGUCAUAUCAUCAGACAGUUCGACCGAACCCCCAUUAUCGCGAUGACAUCCAACAUUCGAGCGGACGACAUUUCUAUGUAUUUCCAUCAUGGCAUGGACGAUGUGUUGCCCAAGCCGUUCACGCGAAAAUCCCUGGUCGAUAUGUUGGAGAGAUUUUUGCCACAUCUCAAGUUGAUACCACAAGAGCCGCAGCCAAUGUCAGCAACAACUGCGCCAUCGGGAGCGGCGUCAUCGACGGCUCACUCCGUCCGUGACGAUAUGUCAGCAGAGGCUUCUCCCGCGGGAUCAAGCACGUGGAAUUCUCCUAGCCAGUACUCAGGAGUGUCGCCGGUAAACCCCAAUAUACAUUACGGCGGCAUGGCACAACAACAACAACACUACAUGGACACAAAUGGAAACCCGACAUCCUUUCCAAACGGGCCACAGACUCCCGUAGGGCUGCGAGGGUCCGGCAUGCUCGCGCAGCAGCAGCAGCAGCAGCAGCAGCAGCAGACACACAGAAGAGGUCCGUCGGAAAUGGGCGGAGGAUCAAAUAUGGGCAACUCGAAUAAACGCCAACGCAUAUACCCACCCCAAAAUCAACCAAUGGCUGCGCCAAUGCGGCAAUGA